GAGCUCGGGCCCCUCGAUCAUCGCGGCAGCUGCUCGAGCACCUGUCAAGCGCCACUCGCGCACGAGCCGGGGCUGUGGGCCUGACGUCUGCAUGUGUGCUGCCGGGCCGCUGCGAGUGACAUCACGGCCCGCAGCAGCUGCACACAGGUGCCAGCACGCUCGCGCUCGCCCGGCUUCGUCUUAAAGGCGCAGCUGCCGGGCGAGCGUCCAGCUCGGCCCCACCACUGCCUUGCUCUCCUUCGUACGCUUUGCAGCCACUAUGGAGGCACCUCAGCCACCUACCCACGGCCGCGAGGUCAAGAAGGCGCGCGCCGUCUCGCUGGCGCUCCUGCCGCUGCUUCUCUCAAACCCGCCCUUCAUUCCGGCGAGCCUCAAGUCCGAUGAGCUCAACCAGCGUCACCAGGUGCUCGACAUGCAGCCAGACGAGGAGGGCUACCUCUUCAGCAACGUCUACAACAUGCCGUCGGGCACGGCGAGCCGCGUGCUGGGCCUGCUCCGCGAGCUGCAGGCGCAGGUCGAGGCGCUGCACGGCAUCAUCCUCGUCAGCCAGAACGUCGUCGUCGGCGAGCUGAGCUUCUUUGCGCCCGAGCCCGACUUUGUGCUCUGCAGCGUCGCGCUCGGCGCCACGAGCGAAGGCCAGGAGCCGCUGCUGGCGCUGCUGCUGCGCAAGCCCGUCAACGAGAACUCGAUUCGCGAAGACUGGAAGUUCGACAAUCUCCUGCCGGCCGGCAGCGUGCCAGGCAUUUGGCAGCAGAAGUACGACGACGCCCUGCGCCUCGCCACGGAAGACGACAACGACGCCGACGUCUACUCGCGCGACCGCAGCGCCUCAACGGCGAGCAAGUACAGCAAGUACAGCAACAGCUACGAGCGCACGUCGGAUAGCUACGAGCGCACGCGCAGCUUCAGCAGCCACACGACUGGUGUCACGUCUGCGUCGUUCAACACCGCCGGCACGAGCUUCGACUCGCCGCAGCGCACGCCGCUCUCCGAGUCCGAGGGCAAGGGCGAGUACAUCAGCGACCCCAACGAGUUCUGGGGCGGCUUCGACGACGACGUGGAGGAUCACGACGAGGAUGCCGAGCCAUCCUCAUCGCACUUCCGUGCCGAAGACGGCGACGCGCGCACGGAGCGCGGCGCCGGCAGCGUCUCGGGCGGCGACGACGAGGGCGUCUCGGGCGCCGAUGAGCACGACUCGUACUGGGACUCGUAUGCGCGCGCCGCUCCCGUGCUCGACGAGGGCCACAUGAACGAGCCCUCGCUCGAGCACGCUGAGAGCAUGUCGACGCUCGGCGCGCCGUCGUCGACCGGCGGCGGCGACCUGACGCGUGACUUUGGCAGCGUCGGCGGCGUCUUCAGCCAGGCGGAGCGCGAGCUCGAGCAGCGCCUGCCCGACGAGAACGUCAUCGCCGAGGUGCCCAGCGAGACCGAGGACCUCGAGGACGCCGAGCAGGAGGACGCUCCGAUGCCCGGCGGCCUUACUGCUGGGCUCAACGCGCGGGACUUUGCCGCUGCAUCUGCUCCUCCACGCUGGUGGGAGAUGCCCAAUGGCGUGACGAACGCUCGCAAAGGACGUCCCGGUGCCGCCUCGCCGGUGUCUGACGCAACCGACUUCGGCACCGAAGGCACCGCCGAGCAGCCGAACAGCCACGCUGGCAGCAUUUCCGCCACGCCUCUCCCAGAGGUCGAUGCCCCGAGCAGUGACGUCGAGCCUGAGGACGCGGACGACGCGCAGGACGACAGCGUGACGGAGCAGACGCACCCGAGCUCGCUUGAUGCUCUUCUCGACGACGACGAGCUGAGCAAGGAGACGCAGCUUGAGGAGGCAGAGCUGAUCGAUAGCCCCGGCUCGCCUGGCCGCCCUCGCGCGACAUCGUACGCCGACGUGCUGCCGCCCAGAGCGCCGCGCAGCGUCGUCAGCGCCAUCUCUUCUUACGAGACGCCGGAGGACAUGGGCCUCAAGGACCUCGAGGACUUCUACCGCUCGCGUGAUCUGCAGCGCCAAGCAGAGGCGCGCGAGCGCUUCCGUCGCGGAGGACAGAUCCCCGGCCUCACCGACGUGCAGGAAGACACGCGUGGCAAGAAGCCCUCCACCGAGCCGUCCAAGUCGCCGAGGCGCGAGCCGCCAAGCCUGCAGGACCUCGACCCAAUCACCGCGCUCGGCCUCGCCGAAGAUCCGGCUCAGCGUGCAAGAGAGCAGCACCGGCCCGUGCCGCGCAACGCCUCAAUGGAAGCGCUGCGCCAGAUGGCGGACAACGGCGAGGCCAGCAAGAAGUCUGCUCGAGCCACCGUCAGCGAGGCCAGCGGCAUCUCCAAGCGUAACUUCCUGCAGAUGGCGCCGAGCGAGGUGACCGACUUGACGUCCGCCUCGUACGCCCAAGAGCCGCCACCGGAGUCUCCCGAGCUCGAGCAGAGCAUCGAAGAGUCGCUCGAUGAGGCGCAGAGUCUCGACGUCGCGGACGGCAGCUCGACUGGCUCGCAGACGUCUGACCUUCCCGAGACGGCGCGCUCCGAGAGCAGCUCUCCCGUGGCGGUGCUUUACGGUCAGGACGACGUGACCGGCGCGCCCUCCACGCGCGAGCGCAACUCUAACGGAUCGAAGCGCUCGAGCGGAUACUCGUCGUACAAGGAUGCAUUCAGCCAUCUCUCUUCGCUGCACCAGGCUCGCCACUCGGGUGACGCAUCCAGCUCGGUCGCGGGCGUUGCUGCGAGUGAGAGCUUUCUGCCGGGCGCAGCGUCGGAUGCCUCCGUCAAGCCGCUGCUCGGCAGUGUCGCCUACCCCGGCAGCCCGUCAGAGCCCAGCACGGGCUCGCUGCCUGCCGCCCAUGGAGUCAAAAUCAGCACCAAGCUAGCUCGGCGACUGCCCGAUGCGCCAAACGAGGACGACGAGGACGCACGCUCCGAGACUUCGCUCCAGCAGAACCUCGGCAUCGACGAUGAGCUCGUCGGCGGCCCCAACUCGAUGUCGACUGAGCUCGGCAACUCGACCAUCAACAGCUCGCUGGACACGGGCGCCGUCGGCAUAGCGCCGAACCCUCGCGGCGCCGCACCCCCUCCGGGCUCGACGUCCGCGCGCACCGCCAACCUGCGCCACGACUACCUGCGCCAGCAGCGUGCUCAAGCGCUCCAGAUCCAGCGAGAGAGAAUCCAGAAGCAGCGCGAAGGCCAAACGAGUCGGUCUGAGGACCCAGGCUACUUCAACUUCGACACGUUGCCGCUGCAGCGUGGCGCUCAGCAGCGCGCACCAUUCAAGCUCAACGACCGCGGUCGCGGCCGCGGACGUGGACGCGGGGCGCCGGGUGCCGCUGUGCGGCCGCACAACCUGCGUCAGAUCACAGACGUGACGUCGGGCACCGGCUCGACUGUGCGUCCCAGAGGCGCCCGUUCGCCUGCGGCAGGGUCGAACGGAGGCGGAGCGAGCGACGAGGAGAACAGGUCCGGCGGCGACGACGACGGCGGCUCAGGCGGUAGCGACGGCCGCGGCUCGGGUGGCAGUGAGCCGCGCGACGAGCAGGACGUCUCGGACGAGGACGCUCCGCGCGAUGAGGGCGAGCUGUCUCCGGAGGACGGCGACUUCGACGACGAGGACACGGAGCGCGAGCCCGAGCGAGACGGCGGGCCGGAAAGCGACGCCGAGAGUGACCUGGGCAUCGACGAGACCAUCGGCGUCGCAGCCAAUCUCAACGCGCUCGACUCGCCCUCGACCUUCUCUGCCGGCGGCACCGAGCCCGAGAUCGUCUUCGGCGGUGACGAGGAGAGCGACGGAGAUGUCGCGACUCCAGGCCUUGCGGACGGGCCGGCCUCUGAUCUUGAGGACCACGGCACGCCUCAAGAGCUCUCGGACAAUGAUGCUGGCGGCAGCGGUGACGGCCUCAGCGGCGAUGAGUUCAGCGGCGACGACGCCGGCAGCAACGCCGGCAGCGCAUCGGGAAGCGCAGGCAGCGCAUCGGGAAGCGCAGGCAGCGCCAGCAUCGGCUCUGGCCAGGACGACUCGCAGUCUGCUGCAGACGUGCCGCUGCCCGACGAGGACGGCCACGUCACGGAGGAAGAGGAGCAGCAGCGCGACAUUCUGCUCUCGCCCGUGCCGCCGCGCGCAUCCGAGGCAUACUCUCUCUCGCCAGCGCUCGCCACGACGGGCGGCCAGUCGACAGACAACUCUGCGCUCGGCCAGUAUCCGGCCAAGAGGAGUCUACAACGGCCGCAGCCAAAGCGGGCAAACACGCCCCGUCGGCUGCCGACUGCCGGCGAGGCACGCGCCGAUGCCGCGCGUCGUCGGCGUCUCGCCAUGGACGCAAUCGUGCGCCGCAAUGAGGCCGCCAAGACGAUCCUUCGCGGCGCGUGGCUGCUGAUGGAAGAGGCGACGGCCAACUUCGAGGGUGCACCUGACGGCGGCGUGCGCCUCGCAGAGGGCGAGUGGGUACGGAUCUGCAAGGAAGUUUCGCGCGAGAUGCUCAACAGGCGCUCAGAGAACGACGAGGCCGGCAAACGCAGCCGAGGCCCGAGUGACCUGAGCAAUCGGACGAUCGGACGGCGGAGCGUCGACGGCCAAGACGAUGCGCAAGCUGUGCGCGUGAAUGGCCGAGACGACUAGGACUAGCUGCUGCGCCAUACUCUGACGUGACACGGGCGACUCGGUGAUGCGAAUGUGAUCUGAUUCUGCUCUACAGCGCAUCAGCUUGAGCCGGAAGCGCCGGCACCUGCAGACGGCUGCGCUUGCUGGCU